GGCUCCCUCGCCCCUUUCAUCCGCCGCCGCGGCCCAAUGGGAAGGCGGAGGCUGCCUGCAAGUGGUCUAAUCUCAAUGAGGUGUCAAUCAUGUUCCCCGCAGGGAGAAGCGGAGCACAUGGAUUUCUAAACACGCUGGGAUUUUACAUAUCUACAGAAAUAACAGCAAGCGAACCCGACCCUACUGAAAACAGUCAAAUGAAUCGUAUUUGCAGAUCAAUGCAGAGAGAUGGGGAAACUUCACUCGAAACAUGCUGCCGUUUGUAAACCCAGAGAAAGUCCAGAAGGUGAUAGUUUUGCAGUGAACGCCUCUCUGGCUCGCAAAGGGCUGGAGGACUGGAUGGUGAAGCAGAAAUACUCCGGGGGCAGCAGCAGCGGAGGCAGUAGCUCGGGACUCCAGCAAGGCUGCCAGCACCGGGCUGUUUGCAGGCUCUCCAGCGCCAGGGAUUUAUCUGUGGAAGGCUACAGAGACUCCAUUGGUGAUGAACAUUUCCAUCUAGAAGUGGCUUUGCCUCCAGAGAAGACAGAUGGAGUUUGCAGUGGAGAUGAAAAGAAAGCAGAAAAAGAAAGUGACACACGCACAGGUUCCAAGAAGCAGCUGAAAUUUGAAGAAUUGCAAUGUGAUGUGUCUGUAGAGGAAGAUAACAGGCAAGAAUGGACCUUCACACUGUAUGACUUUGAUAACAACGGAAGAGUCACACGAGAGGAUAUUACUAGCUUGCUUCAUACCAUCUAUGAGGUAGUUGACGCAUCAGUAAACCAUUCUCCUAGUUCCAGCAAAACUCUGCGCGUGAAACUUACUGUGGCACCAGACGGAAGCCAGAAGAAAAAGAGUAUCUUGUUAAAUCACACUGAUUUGCAGAGUGCCAGGCAUAGAGCUGAAAGCAAAGCUAAUGAAGAAGUAAGAAGCUCUGAGAAGAAGCAGCGGGCUUCUCUCAGAUAUCACCAGAGUGAGAACAAUCCAGAGCAAAGUGGAUGCUAUCGUCAUUGUGUUGAUGAGAACAUUGAAAGGAGAAACCACUAUUUGGAUCUUGCAGGAAUAGAAAACUACACAUCAAAGUUUGGGCCAGGAUCUCCUCCAGCAGCUCAAAAACAUGACCCACCAAGCAGAGUUGUGAAUCAGACUAGGUCCCGUUCUCAUGAACCUGAAACCUUCCAUGCUCACCAUAGGAAAUCUCAAGUGGUGGAUCCAAGCCACAUCAAUCUGGCUGAAAAUUCAUAUGCCAAGAUUGCAGAGAUCCAACAGAGGUUCCGGAACCAGGACUCAAACAAGCACUUUUUGAGGUCUCCCAAGGCCCAGGGCAAAAGUGUUGCCCCUGUGCAUCCUGGAAGGGCAGUUAGAAAUAAACAUUUUCAAGGGAUGCCCAUGCCAAUGGCUUCCCCAAGUGCACGGAUGGGCCAGAAUCUUCCUUAUCUUCCCUUGCAGUCUCAACAGGUUCACAAGAAACAUAAGCAGAGGGUAAAGGAGAAUCACCAAAUGUGCAAAACCUUCCAAUCUCCAGGGACAGUUGUGGAAAAGGAACAUGUGAGAGACCUGCCAACAGUCAUUUUAUAUGAAGGCCAAGUUGGACAAAUGAUACAAAGACAUGAACACCACCACCACCAUGAGCACCACCACCACUACCAUCACUUCUACCAAACAUAGAAGAGAUCCCACCAACAUCCUCCAAGAAUCAUCCCAUAUGAAGGAAAUGUGUUCUUGUGAUACCAGAACUAAGGCAUUACUAUGAUUAAUAUUAUUGUUACUCCAUUAAUAUUCAGCUAGCAUAUAUUUUAGAGGUUAUAUGGAACUCUUACCCUAUUUAUAUGUUGUGGAACUGCGUAGCUUACUUAAACACCUUGUGGAUGUUUGUUUUUUUUAAAGUGGCUUGUAAAACAGCAAACAGCCAUAGCUUUUUGAGCUGUGAUUUAAUACAGGUCGUCAACGCACUUCUUUAAAAGUACUACUUCCAUUGUAGUAGGAAAGAUACUUCAAACACUAUUGCAGACAUCUAGCUUACCACUCUGCUGUACGUCGGCGGAUCGCACACAAGCCUUUUAUCAGGGGAGCAAUGUUCGAAGAGUUGGACUCCAGAGAUACUCAGAAUAAUGGAAAAUACAAACAGCUGCUACCUCUAGUAUUAUUCAGAUUUUAUUUUCUUUUUAUUGAUUGUAAUGUGCUACAGGGGAGAUUUUAAUAUACUGCAUUCAUGUAGCCUGUUUCUGUUCACAUCCUUUCAAAUUAUCUUAAGUACAAGGAAAUAUUAGCUAUACUUGUCAACAGAGCUACAUUUGUACAACUUACACUUUAUUUUCUUGGAGAUUUUUCAUGGACAUAAGUACAGUCUGUUAUAUACUGGGUAAUAUUUAAAUAUACUUCUUUUAUUUUGUUUUUCCUUGCUUACUCUCCAUUCUGUUUGGGGUAACCAUUUGAAAAAGGAGGAUGUGAAAUAGGGUUUUCAGAAGCAUCACUAGACUUUAGUGCUUAGGCCAUAAGUAUCAUUCACGGGGUUUGAGAAGAAGAGGGGUUGUUGGGGAGGGGGUUGUUUUGUUUAAAUCCACAGUUCUUUGUUUUGAGAAAGAAUUGAGGAAAAUAUACUUUCUCACUUUAAAUGUUGGCAAAUAUAUAUAAAGUAUAAGUAUAAAUAUAUAUAUAUAAAUAUGCACACUCUCAGGUACAUUUUGUUGUGUUUUAGAAAUCUGUGGUUUGAAUAUUAACAUUAUAUUUUUUUUUCCCACAACAAUGACUUGUUAGAAACAUAUGCUGUGGCAUUUUCUUAGGUGCCUCCAAUUUAAAUUUCCCCAACACCUACCAAUUUGUGUUUGUCCCAUUUUUGAGAGAAUUGAACAUGUAGAAAAAAAACCAAAAAAACCAACAAAACCAUUCACAAUCAUUCUUUUUCCAUAUCCAAAGGGCUUCCAUUCCAUAAAGGAGAAUGAGAUCAUACUCACAAGACCUUACUGGCUGCUGAGAAAUUUGAAGGUCAAAAGCAAAUUGGAAAAGUGAAAAAAUGGGUCAAGACAUUAAAGUUUCACUGUCUGUGAGGCCCAAAUUUAGAAAACAUUCACAGAAUCACAGAAUUAUUAUGGUUGGAAAAGACCUUUAGGAUCAUAAAGUCCAACCACUAACCUCACACUGCCAGGCCCAUCACUAAAUUAAACCCUGUCCCUCAACACCUCAUCUAUGCGUGUUGGGUUUUGUACCAUCACCAUUUUGCCGGUAGAAAGUGACUGAAAAACACCUACGUUGCUUUUGGAACAUUAGAGAACUUCUCAUAAAACCAUAAGUGUUGAUAAACAUAUUUGCUUUUGGUUUUAAUUAUUUUUAAAUGUUGUGGUAUUUUGUCUAUGGUGUAUAUUGUAAAAUGUAACUAUCCCACAUUGUUGUAAAGCCCAUUGAUUAGGGUAUUUUUUUUCUGACUAGAGUUUUGAUCAGUCCAAAAUGGGGUAUUACCUUACUGCUGACCAGUUUUAGAGGGUUGUUGCCCUUUCUAAGAACAUGGAGACAUCAACUUUUAAAGAAAGCCUUGCCUUCUUGUUGAAUUGGAAUAGAAUCAUUGCUUCAUGGUAAUUAGGUCCAUCUCUUGUCUCACUGGAUCAGUAGUUGUUUAGACUUAAUGUCCCCUUCAAAAAAUCUGGCUUAUUUUUUGGGUUUUUUUUAGCUGUCAUGAACGUGUUCUGCUAAAUUUAACAAAAUGUUUUAAAAAUAUGUUUGAUCUGUGUGACAACUAUACUGUUCUGUUUAUUUUAAAAAUUCCUAAAGUCCAAAAAUAUUUAUAUGCAGACUUUUCUGUAUUGAAAAUAUGAAAAGGCCACAAAUUUGGUUAGUUACCACUGAGUUGUUCUAGUCUAAGCCUUUUUUGCUGCUUGUGUAUCAUUCUUUUUCAAUGUAUAUAUAAUUAUGGACUGCAAAAAAAAAAGGCAUUUAUAUGUCUAGUAGAAGGAAUAAGCUUAUUUAUAUUAUAGUGUUAACAAAGUCUGAUGUAUUCAAGUGACUUACGUUAUACCGCAUGCAAACACACAAGUGUACAUUCCAUCUAAGAAGGGAUGCCAUGCUAUUUGUUUGGGAGAUGUAAUUAAAGCUGUUCUCUUUUCAUUGGAGCAUAUGCCAGAAAUACUGUGAGGUGGGAAUUGUCUCUUAGUUUUUUGAAUGCAGAUUGUUGCUGAAAACCAGAAAACAUUCUGGAAGCCUAGAAUGGUUUCAGAACUGUGGGAUUUGCUAUGAAAGCGCAGAAGAGGGGCAUAAAUGCUCUUUCACCCAAAGAUAUUUUGAUGGAAAAGAUAACAGCACCUAUAAAAAAAUCCCAUCUGAUUGAAAGUGUGCAGUACUACCUGUGCCAAGUGAACUUUGAAAUGUAACACAACUGCCCACAGGUUCCAACCUUGCAUUGAUUAGAUUUGGUUUAUUAUAUUUGGAUAUUCAAAAGAUUCUGUGAAAAACAAGUACAUUUUAAUAAUGUGGUAUCCACAUAGUAAAACUUUACACCAGUGAUGUAUGACCAUGCUGUAUCUAAGCCCAGUGUUGCAGUUGUGUUACGUACAUUAAGUGUGAAUAACAUGUAGCACAGUUUCUUUUCACAAAACCUUAAAUUUCCAUAUCUUUUAAAAAAUGUUUGCUUUUCAGUAUUUUGUAUAGUAAAUAUGGAUGGUUUUGACUAAAUGCUUAAUUUAUUUAACAGCAAAAACUGUGCCAAGAGAACCCCCUGUUAAUUAAAGUUUUACUAGUUCAGAAAGUAUAUUUCCUUCUUCUUCUUGUGGAUUUCAGAGGCUUUUCGCAAUUGCUGUCAGUGCUUGCAGAUCCCACUGAUGAAAGAGCUUGCAUUAACAUUUUUGGGAACAGGAUCAGGCCGUGAGGUAUGGACUAGGUAUGCUUUGGUUUUAUGUUUAAACUAUCAAGUUUCAAAGUUAAAUUUCUUGUCUGCUACUGUUAGACCUGUGUUGAGCAACUGAUUUUUCAUCUUGUUAUUAAUUCUGAAAACCCUUUUUUAAAAUAUAUAUAUAAAAAAUUGAGCAAGUCGCGCAAAUCUAUGUCUGAAUCAAAAUCCAAAAUAGAUUUGAAUCAAUUGAGUAUAUUACUACUAUUUAAAAGUAAUAUAGAGUGGCAUUAGAAAUCCAUCGUUUUCAUUUACUUUUUCUAUUUUUACACAAAGCAGUUCAGCAAAACUGCUACAAUACCAAAAUUUGCACUAUUUGAUGAAAAAAAAAUCAACUGAAAAAAUUUGCUCACUUCUAGCAGCUGUGAAUUUUGGGAAGCUAGGUUUUUGAAAAGAAAGACUGCUAAGCUCUUCUCACAACUGCGUUACCACCUGCAUAUAUACAAAAUAAACAAAACUAAGGGUAGUGAAGUAGAAUCUCUGUCCCAGUGAAAUCUCUGGUAAGACUAAGAUUCUGGUUUGAGGGUGCCUCUAAUUUAUUUCCAGGAGUAUGGGUUUGACAUCUGCAAAGUGUAUGGACAGUGAUUUCGGUAUUUAUUUUUUAUGCAUCUUACUGAUGAUGAUUUUGUAGUGGCUAGUAUUAAAGUUAGUAUGGAAGUUUUACUCUAAGAGAUCAAGCUGGUAAGUCAUUAUGAUUAGCAGUAAAUACUAUGCUUUAUACUCACAUCAUUGAAGGGCUUCAAGGCACUCCGAAAUGUCUUUGAAACAUCCACAUGUCAUUUAGUCACUGUUAGAAAUUAGGUCCUGCUUCUACCCUUGGAUGAGGUACAGGUUCUCCUGGCAUAUGGGCAGAACAGCCCCUUAAGGCUAUACCAAAUUAAAAAGCCACGUAGAUGACCUCUGUAACUGCCUCCCUACUUUAAUCAUGAUGAGCACAGAACAGCAAAGCAGAAGUACCUUAAAGGGAUGUGUGUAUAUGUAUGUGUGUGUAUAUAUAUAUAUAUAUAUUUAUGUAUAUGUGUGUGUGUCCUCUGGCAGAAGUUAGUGAACGGCACGAGAUGGAUUCUGACAGAAGUGGUCUUUUAAAAAAGGGAUAAGUACUGUGUAUGCUCAACAGUCUACAAGCUUUCCAUAAAUAUACAGAUAAGAUGAAUGCUUAGUGUUCUCCAUAUGUCAUUGUAUACCUCAAUUAUUGAAUGACAGAUUUCAUUUGUAUUCCAAUUAACAAGAACGUUAGGCCCCUUGGGGCCUAGAUUAUACUUGAGAAAAAUUCAUCAUGCUAGAAAAUUUGUGAAAACAUUCACCAUAAUUUUUGCCUGGAGUACAGGCAAGAAUGUUCAUGUUUGGAAACGUGUCAGCUAAUCAAGUCUCACCUUUAAUUACCUUGAUGCAAUUCAUCAAGAUCUGAAAGUAUGUUUUCAAACAUGACUUAUUCAUGGUUUUGCUGGGAACCAAGUUAUAUUCAGCAUUCUGUUAGUUGUCAAGCUUCUUUUUUUUUAAUUAUUUUUAAUUGUACCAAGCAGAAACAUGUUUAAAAAUCUGUGAAAUAAAAAUCUAACUUAAUGUGUUUUCUAUAUAGCUUCUGGAGGAAAAUUUAUCUUCUUUUCUAAUGCACUUAGCAGCAAAACCAGCUUCAAUUUUUCACAUAAUAAUUUAUUUUCUUUGCAUAUUUGUCAAGUGUUCAGUUGAUUUGACUUUGAAGGGGCUGUUUUGUGAAUUUUUUUUGCCUGUGUACAUUAAAAAUGUGCUCAAAAUGGGCUAAAGGAGCAGACGUAGAAAAGCAAAUAACUUUUUAUUGAAAUUAUUCAGUAUGCAUUGAACUCCAUUUUAUUUGAAGUUUGGAUUAUAGUUAUUAAAUAAUGAGGUUUUUCAA